UAAUCAUUGUUUAAAAGGUUUCAAUAGUUAAAUAUAUAUCUAAAUGCUAUUGACUUUUGGAAAUAAUAUGCAUAAUAAAAUCACUUAAAUACAGUGUCUUGUCAAAGCCAGUACAUAUGGGCUUUAUAUUUGCAUGUCUUUUUUUUUUUUUUUUUUUUUCUGUGCAAACAUGACAUUCAUUCACAUUAGAAUUUUUUCCCUGUUAGGCUAACAUUUCUUAACUAGGUUGCAGAUUAGCAUUGGAAUGAUAGGACAUUUUGCAAAUGCAUCUUAAAAUAUGAAUUCAUUAAUUUGUGGAAGACUAAUUCAUUUAGAAUAGCUUCUUGAGGGCAAAAAAACAUUCAUAAGAUAGUUUGCUUGUUAUGCCAUCCAAUCAAACUGAAGAAGUUAUUAAGAGUACCAGAAAAAAAUAGAGUACAUUUUGGAUUGGUAAAUGAUCUGAGUGUGAAUUGAUGAAGCCUUUUCUGGAUUCUCAAAAUUAUCACUAUUAUCUCAUUCUAGCCAAUGUUACUUACAAUUUUUCUUUAAAAUAUUUACAUCAUUCUCAACAAAUUAGUUAGAAGACUAAACCAUUCUAAAAUGUCACACAUACCAGCAAAAUGUAUUCACAUGUCUAAAAAAACCACAUACUAAAAUUUAUUGUACUUCUAGUUUAUAUAGGGAAAACUGCUAUUUGAGGGCAUCUGAUUUAAAAGUAUUGGAUUGCAGUGAGAAACAGCAUCAAAGUUUAUGGGAGUUUUCCAUAGAAGUGCAUGUUUACUCUGUAUUAGACAUGGCCAGAAUUAUCAUUCACAUAGCAUCCUGUAAAGAUCUUAAACUACGUGAAUAUAUAUUUACCACUAGCCAACUUAACUAAGCCCUAAUUAAGGACUGUUUUAAUAAAAUUUAAAGUAUACUUUCACUUAGUCAUUCUUAUAAUAAUUAAGAUAUUAAUGUGACUUACUGUAAUUGAAGAAUUACCCAAUAUACUACAAAAUACAUCCUUCUUUAACAAAUAUGGCUAUUUAAAUACAGUAAUCUAUACGUAAGAAUUCUAACUUGAGCCUCAAGUCAACAGUAAAUAAUUAUGAUGGAAUUGAUAAUGAAGUUCCUGCUUGCCCUUUAGUUCUUUGGACCUGUGGUCUCUUAGCUAUAAAAAACAGAUUUGAGCUCAUGAAGCAGUGGUUUUGCACUUUUAGAAUAAAAUUUAUCAGUUGGAAGCUACUGUUCUCACCAGUAAGGUUACUGUCUCCCAACCUCUCCCCACCUCUACCUGUCUUCCCUAGCAGAGCCUGAUUCUGAUAGAAGAGCAAACUUUUCCCAGAAAUUUUCAGUCUCCUUUGGAUUGUGAUACACCCUAUGUUUUAGGGAAUUUAGUGUAAUAAUGAUUCCCAUUUGCUUUAGGGAGUAAAUAAACUAUGUUUUUGGUGUUCCGCCUGGACAAUGUAGCAGGAUCCCAUCUUCUGAAAAAAUAGUAAAAGAAAGCUUAAGGGCCUUUUGAAUUUUAGGGCCCAUUUCAGAAUCAUUAGGCCACUUAUUAUAGUUUGUAGUUAUAAUGUCAGAGAGUCCUGACUAAAUUCUGAACUGGUUCAGGAACCUAUGGAACAUAGCUCAGUCCUCUCAUUUGAUAGAUGAGGGAAAUUAGACUCAGGGGUGGCGUGACUUGCCCAAGGCUGUAAAACCAAAUAACAGAGCAGAUACGAAGUGAAGAUACAGAAUGCUGAACCUCUAGUCUACUGCUCUGUUUUAUAAAUUCAAGUUGUAGCAGAUUGAUUUAGUACAUUCUUUUGGAUAUUCAUGAUUGUUUUUAUUACAGUUAUUUUAUAUUGAAUGUUAAAGUUGUUUAAAGCAUAUAAGUACAAUUUUUUAAAUGAGUACAAAUUUAUUGUUUAAACUAGAUGGCUAAAUUUAUGCAAAACAUUAAAUCUUUUGGAAGAACACACAAGUAAUAAAAUAGAAACGAUUGAAUUUGGAACUGAUGAGUAUGAAAACAAAAACAAAAACAACUCUCAGAAACUCAUUUUGACAUCAGGAGGUAUUUUUCUCCAAUAAGUCGUUUGGUAAAAGAAACACCUAUGGUGUUGAGAGGAAUGCUGCUGCAGUGCUUCUAAGGAAGCUAAUUGUUUUCCAAAAAACUUAUGAGAUGAUAGGCUUUUAUGUCAUAUGCCUAGUUUGUUUUCUCCCUUAUUGUGUACUUCACAUUCUUUAGAUGAUGGAGGUGGGGGGAGCAGUGGGGGGAGAGAGAGCUCACCCACAGGCAGGGGAGGUUGUUGUCAGAGGGUAGGUACAUGAAGAGAGGGGAGUAGAGCACAAAUCAGACAGCUUCAAAAUGCAGUUGAUAGUCUUACAGCCUUUUGGUCAGCUGGCGAAGAUUUGAAUGCCUCAUUUGCCAGAACAUAAUAUAGACUCUCCUUCACUCUGCAGUUUCUGCAAAGUUAAGAUUAGAACGAGGAGUCUUCAUUUUUAAAAAGAGAAGACAAUUUGUCCAAACACUUCAUGUGAAAAUAAAUUAUUUGAAUUUUGGUACAUCUUAAGUGACAAAGAGGGUCUUACUUCCAGUAACAGUUUCAAAGAAUGUUACCAAACAACAACAACAACAACAACAACAACAACAACAAACCAGGUCUCAGCAUCAGAGGAGCCCAGGAGGAGGACCCUCCCGAUCCCCAGCUAAUGAGACUGGACAAUAUGCUUUUGGCAGAAGGGGUUUCAGGUCCUGAGAAAGGUGGGGGAUCGGCGGCAGCAGCUGCAGCCGCGGCAGCCUCUGGAGGUUCUUCAGAUAACUCUAUUGAACACUCAGAUUACAGAGCCAAAUUGACCCAGAUCAGACAAAUCUAUCACACAGAACUGGAGAAAUAUGAACAGGCAUGUAAUGAAUUUACUACACAUGUGAUGAACCUUCUCCGAGAACAGAGUAGAACACGUCCCAUUUCUCCAAAAGAGAUUGAAAGAAUGGUGGGCAUCAUCCAUCGAAAAUUUAGUUCCAUUCAAAUGCAACUCAAACAAAGCACUUGUGAAGCAGUUAUGAUUUUAAGAUCAAGGUUCCUCGAUGCCAGACGGAAAAGGCGUAACUUCAGUAAACAGGCCACAGAAAUCUUGAAUGAAUAUUUUUACUCACACCUCAGCAACCCCUACCCCAGUGAAGAAGCCAAAGAGGAGCUGGCCAAGAAAUGCAGCAUCACAGUGUCACAGGUAUCCAAUUGGUUUGGCAACAAACGAAUCAGGUACAAGAAGAAUAUCGGCAAGUUUCAGGAAGAAGCCAACCUCUAUGCUGCAAAGACGGCCGUGACAGCUGCACACGCAGUAGCAGCAGCUGUGCAGAACAACCAGACCAAUUCGCCCACCACACCAAAUUCCGGUUCUUCUGGUUCUUUUAACCUCCCAAAUUCUGGGGACAUGUUCAUGAACAUGCAGAGUCUGAAUGGGGAUUCUUACCAAGGGUCCCAAGUCGGAGCCAAUGUGCAAUCACAGGUGGAUACCCUCCGUCAUGUUAUCAAUCAGACGGGAGGCUACAGUGAUGGCCUUGGAGGAAAUUCACUGUACAGUCCACAUAAUUUAAAUGCUAAUGGAGGCUGGCAGGACGCAACAACUCCAUCUUCUGUGACUUCUCCUACAGAAGGCCCAGGAAGUGUGCACUCGGAUACCUCUAACUAAUCUCUGGCCACACUUUUCCCUGAGCUGACAUGCCUUGAUAAGUGCAUUCAGAGCAAUAGGAGGAAAAGGAAAGCGUUUUUGUAGCCCACCAUCUACAGCUUUACUGUAAAACCUUGUCUUAUUAGAGAACUUGGUAAAUCUGUUUUUUAAGGAAUCAUAAUCAUUUGUAUUUAUACUUAAAAACACACAAUGUUAAAAAAAAAAAAAAAAGCACUUUAUCCAAUUAGGCCAAGAUUUAACAUUGUUGACAGUCCUGUAGCUAUUUUAUCAUAAUUUAUUACCAAUAUUUUACAUUAAUGGUUUCACAGUUGCCAAUUACUUGGCCUUAAGGGUAAAAAGUACAAUAUACACUAAACCUCAAUCGUUAAAGCAGAUGCAAAAAUUCACCUCACCUAAAUUGAACUUCUUGCAUAUUUCCAUUACUGACUUGGAUUGUCUUACUUUCAUAUCACUAAUGGAGUUGGAAUAAAGAGCUGUUUGGCUAUCCCUGUUAAUGAUGGUUGUGUUUAAGAAUCUUCCUCGUCACGUUUGUGUUCAGAUCUCUUAUGUUAUAAUUAGAUCAGAGACUGGUAGCAUCGUUUCUCUCUCUGAAAGCACCAGUGCCCAGAGUCUGCUCGGUAAUAAAAUUAUGGAUCCAGAUUGUUCUGAGAGACGAAGAUACUUGCUGCUGAUAGAGGUGAAAACGAGAUCGAUCCGUCUGGGGUUUUACGGUGUGCACUGGGUGCUGCAUAGACUUGUCAAGGUUUGCUACGUCCUCUGGGCAUCCGCAAAAGGCCCUGCUCUCUGGAGUGUUGUAUAUAGUGUAGCAAAAGAGUAUUUAUACAUCCCACCAAUCAAAACACAGCUUUAUUACCUCAUGCGAACUCAUACAAACCAAUAGAAUUUCAACAUGUUCUGUAGCUUAGAGUGCUCACUUACUACCUCUGAACAAUACUCACGCUGUAGUUUGUCUCUUUCUUAUCUUUUUGCAUCUUGUAAUUAACUCUUUGUUUCCCUUCAUAAAAUGUAAUGUACAUUGUAAUCUUUUAAAAGAAAAAUCAGGGUUGCAUUUGCAACUUUUAAAAAACCGAGAGUGGAAACAUUGGGUCUUAAUUCAACACAGGAUCAGUAAAACUGUUGUAAAUACUGAGAAACAUUUUGAAUGUUCUUCAUCUUACUACUAAUCCAUGCAAAAAAAAAAAAAAAAGCAGCGACUAAUUGUGAUGCAUUCAGAUUUCAGUAUUCAGUACUGUAUAUUUCACCCUGUGUAAUGGGGCCCCCUCUCCUUUCUCUUUUUGUAUUGUAUGCGAUUCUGAAACUGAUUGAGUCAUGAAAAUAAUUUGUGGCGGUGAUUCUAAUGUAUUAAAAACGUUUCGUGUUCCUUUCUAACUGGAUUACACCCUGGAUUGAAAAAGUCUUCCUCGUGGUAGUUACAUGUAGUUUCAAACAUGAAUAAACUUUUUGCUUUCAUGAUUAAA